CACGCACACAUGGCAACCAACAUGGCGACAGCGAAGCUUCACAGUAGAGAUGAUCUGUUGACAGAAAGCUUGCAGCUCUCAGUAUAGCUGUGAAAGAUGAAAAUACAGCACAAAUAUAGUUAUGAAGUAUUGUUGGUAUGAUUGUAUGACCUCAAACGUUCAUAUGAACGAUCAACGCGAUGUAUUUUCAAUGAAACGCGAGUAUUUUGAGCAUGAGACUGCCAGAGAUUCUCAUUAUGGACAAUAAACCAGGGUUCUCUCUUGGCUCAUCUGGUAAACUGAUGGAUCAGUAUCUGAUUAAAGACCACAUGCUGUCACAUUACAGAAAGCUGUAUUCAGCAAAAGCUGCUGUGGAUUGUUCGGUGCCUAAAAGCAUGCACGCUAGUGUCAAAUAUGUCGAUCAAAAGCGUCGUGAGCAGCAGAGGAAAAACAGCCAAUCGGGGAGAUCUGAUUCACAGAGAAGCACAAGAAUAAACUCGAGAAGCUCCUGUUCCUCUAAGAAUAGCCGACCGUCCGCUCAGGGCGACUACCAUUACCUUAAUCACUCUCUGAUGUCCUCAUCGCCCAGAAUCAGCACCUCUUUCCACUCCAAACAAAUCGUUUAUCCGUCCCAAACCGUCUGUAGAUCUGCAACCCCCGCCAACCAUUUCAGAUCUGCCUCAGAGUUGAGUUUCCGCAGCCCAAAUCCUCAAUGGCAGCACUCCACCUCAAGUCAGAGAGCGUACAGCAGUUUUCAGGAUCCUGUUCAGAAGACCUACAGCGGAGACGUCCUGCAGAAACACGCUCACCGCUUCACUCCAGAGAAACCCUUCACACCCAGAACACUCAGAUCUGAGCAGCAGUCCACGCUCUUACAGUAUCGAUAUUACACUCCGCCACGCAGGAAAGCCAAUGAGGAGGAGAAAAGAUCCUCUAAGAUGAUUCGACAGGAGACUUAUCACGGGAGCACACGCUCCAAACAAGCCUCUUCUUCACAGAUCGAGUCGCCACAGCCAUUUGUUCUCGAUCACGACUGGUCGGAUGUAGAAACGGACUCAUUCAGACUCCACAGCAAGGCGAACAGAUUUAGGGAUGGGGAUUUUCUUCUCUCGUCCUCCAGGAUUUCACCAGAAGGCAUGAGAUCUCCUAUCAUGAGAAAAGUCUCAGCAGAGGAGGAAGAAUUAUUGUACCUGGAGUUUAUUACAGACGUGACGAAUGAGAUCUUAACUCAGGGCCUUUACUCCGACAGAGUGCUGAAGAGGGUAUUCGAACGCCACAUUGAUAUGAACCGACAACGAUUAGAUGAGAACAAAAUGCGCCACCUUCUAGAUAAUCUUCAGGACGACCUGCAAUCUCCCAUUUCUGUCCCCGUCACGUCACUGUGCACAGAACAAUCCCACAACCCUUCACAGCUGAGGAAUAAAGCGUCAGAUGACGUGGAUGAUCUUCUUCACAGAGUGUUUGAUGAGGAGCGCAGACAUACCGAGGCUGUUUAUCCUGCAGUAUCGCCUCACCAUAAUGAAGACAGCGAGUUCUCUCUGAAUGAUAAUCCACAUCUCACCUGCGCAGAGGAGAAUCCCAGGAGCGCAGAAGAUGAUAAUGAAGUGCUGGAGCAGGUGGAGGAGCUCAGAAAAAACAUGGAGGAGUGCUUAUCAGUGUCCGAGACUCUGAAGGAGCAAACUAGAGGAGAGAUCAGCGAUGGUGAGGAGUUUUAAUUCAGUGAGAUGUUUGGCAAAAAGCGCUACACCUUUUUAGCAGCAGGUUUUCAGAUGUUCUUUGUUUACUUUUUGUAAAGGGUUUUCUAUGCCAGUAUUUUUAACAUGCUGUGUGCAGUAUUUAAUACUUCCCAUGAUGUUUCUGCUUGUGUUUGAGCAUUUAUUGAUUAUGUAAUGUUCAACAUGGGCUCAUUGGGAAGAUGUACCUCAGUCUACAUUUCUGGAGAGCGUGAAUUAUACUCUCUGAGGUAUGUUUGGCUUUGUUUCGCCUGUAAAAACUAACGAUAUGGGGCUGUAUGACACUAAACCAGACGGCUUCUGUUCCUUGUCGCACUACCGGCUGACUGCUCACCUCUGUGUGGACGGCUUUUCCUAUGAUAUCAGUAUGCCUGGUGGCUCGCUGUGUACGAUGGCGGACUUGAGAUGCGGAUCGGAGCGUGUGUGAUGACAGGAGUCCAGCGAAUAAUCUUCGGAAAGCAGGUAAAACAAAAAUAAAUAAAUAAAUAAACAACAGGGCGAGAACAUGGUAAAAAAAAACCCCAUCUAAAAACGUGGUAAAAUCGCGCUGAUUUUCCUUUUGUCUACAUCAGCUGUUGAAAACACUAUCGGUUGGGUUUAGGGAAGAGGGUGGGUUCAGUCAGUCAGUCGACAGCAAGCCAGUCGGCUUAAGAGUUGUGUGUGUUGUUGUGCCCCCUGGUGGAUUUACGUGAGAAGAGCACGCACAAAUAGCACACGAGAUCAGCAAAAAGCGCACACAGCGGCCUCUGGCUGAUUCGUGAAAACAAAAACUGAGAGGAAACAUACCUCAGAGUACAUUUUUCACACUCUCCAGAAAUGUAGACUGGGGUACGUAUUCGCAAUGAGCCUGGGUUGGUAAUUUUAGCGAUAGUUUACCCAAUAUUUAAAAUUCAUGACAAAAACGACAACAAAUGUUUUUAUGUUGCUUUAACUCAGUUUAAUCAGGCUUCAACUAGACUUUUGAAGUCUACAUUUCUGGAGAGCGUGAAUUAUACACUUUGAGGUAUGUUUGGCUUUGCUCCGUCUGUAAAAGCUAACGCUACGAGGCUGUAUGACACCGGCGCCGAUCGCUUCUGUUCAUUUUCAUGCUACCGGCUGACCGCUUACCUCUGUGUCGAUGGCUUUUCCUGUGAUAUCAGUUUGCCUGGUGGCUCGCUGUGUACAACGACGUACUUGAGACGCAGAUCGGAGAGUGUGUGAUGACAAGGGUUCGAGUCCAGCGAAUAACAUUCCGGAAAGCAGGUAAAACAAAAAUAAAUAAAUAAACAACAGGGUGAGAACAUGGUCAAAAAAUAAAACAUUCAAGAACGUGGUAAAAUCGCGCUGAUUUUCCUUUUUUCUACAUUAGCUGUUGAAAACACUAUCGGUUGGGUUUAGGGAAGAGGGUGGGUUCAGUCAGUCAGUCAGUCAGUCGACAGCAAGCCGGUCGGCUUAAGAGUUGUGUGUGUUGUUGUGCCCUCUGGUGGAUUUACGUGAAAAGAGCGCGCACAGACAGCACACGAGAUCAGCAAAAAGCACAAACAGCGGCCUCUGGCUGAUUGGCGAAAACAAAAACUGAGAGGAAACAUACCUCAGAGUACAUUUUUCACACUCGGCAGAAAUGUAGACUGGGGUACGUAUUCGCAAUGAGCCUGGGUUGGUAAUUUUAGCGAUAGUUCACCCAAUAUUUAAAAUUCUGUCAUUUCUCACGCUUCACUGUAAAAAUGUAAUGACAAAAACGACAACAAAUGUUUUUAUGUUGCUUUUACUCAGUUUAAUCAGGCUUCAACUACACUUUUGAAGUCUACAUUUCUGGAGAGCGUGAAUUAUACACUGAGGUAUGUUUGGCUUCGUUCCGUCUGUAAACACUAACGUUACGAGGCUGUAUGACACCGGCGCCGAUCGCUUCUGUUAAUUUUCAUGCUACCAGCUGACCGCUUACCUCUGUGUGGAUGGCUUUUCCUGUGAUAUCAGUUUGCCUGGUGGCUCGCUGUGUACAACGGCGGACUUGAGACGCAGAUUGGAGAGUGUGUGAUGACAGGGGUUCGAGUCCAGCGAAUAACAUUCCGGAAAGCAAGUAAAACAAAAAGAAAUAGAUAAACAACAGGGUGAGAACAUGGUCAAAAAAUAAAACAUACCAACGCUAUCAGUUGUGUUUAGGGAAGAGGGUGAGUUGGGUCAGUCAGUCGGCCAGUAAACCAGUCAACAGCAAGCCGGUUGGCUGAAGAGCUGUGUGUGUGUGUUGUUGUGCCCUCUGGUGGAUUUAUGCGAGAAGAACAUUCAAGAACGUGGUAAAAUCCCGCUGAUUUUCCUUUUUUCUACAUCUGCUGUUGAAAACACUAUCGGUUGGGUUUAGGGAAGAGGGUGGGUUCAGUCAAUCUGUCAGUCAGUCAGUCGACAGCAAGCCGGUCGGCUGAAGAGCUGUGUGUGUGUGUUGUUGUGCCCUCUGGUGGAUUUAUGCGAGAAGAGCGCGCACAGACAGCACACGAGGUCGGCAAAAAGCACACACAGCGGCCUCUGGCUGAUUCGCGAAAACAAAAACUGCGAGGAAACAUACCUCAGAGUACAUUUUUCGCACUCUCCAGAAAUGUAGACUGGGGUACGAAUUCGUAAUGAACCUGUGUGGGUAAUUUUAGGGAUAGUUCAACCAAAAGGUAAAAAUGUAAUGGCAAAAAGACAAGACAACAAAUAUUUUUUAUGUUGUUUAAACUAAUCAGGUUUCAACCAGACUUUAUAAGUUUAACUUAAUAUUUUAGUCAGUUUGAUUGAUGUAAGUUGAGAUGACUUAAAGUUCAUUUGUUUAGCUAAAAACUAAAUUUAAGGCAGCAAGAAUGUUUUUACAGUGUUGUCACAAUCCUGUUUUAGUUUCUGAGUUCUACAUAAUUGUUCAUGUUGUACCAACACAAAUUAUUAAGUUAGCUUAAUUGUUUUCACAAAUUGAAGUUGACUGAUAAUAAAACAAUUAAGUUGUACCCUUAAAAAAUCCUAAGUAUUGUGUUAACAUUUUUUAAUCAUUUUGGAGUGCUCUUGUAAGCACAAAAGAAGAUAUUUUGAAAAAUGCUGAAAACUGUAACCAUUGACUUCUAUAGUAUUUGUUUUUCAUACUAUAUUUCUAGCUUUUUCCAAAAUAUUUGAUUCAAUUUUUAACAAACAAAGAAACUCAUGAAGAUUUGAAACCACUUAAGGGUGAGUAAUAGAGUAAUUUUCAUGUUGUGGUGAACUAUCCUUUUAAGACUCCAGAGCCAUAUUACUGAUUUGUUUGUGACUUAGCUCUACUUUGUUUACUGGAGUGUUUAUUAGUUUGUGAAUGAUAUAACAUACAGUUGCAGUGUUCAAUUCUGGUGUAGAUACAGUUUACUUUAACUGGAAGAUGUGUAGGCUUUAUUAUUAGAUAUGGAUAUAUGUAUUUAGCCAUAAUAUAUUCAUAAUAUAGACAGUAUUGAGGAAAAACUACAUUUCUGAUAAAAAAAGGUUAAAUCUUCUGUUUCCUAUUGGCCAUUUGAAAACAUAACUAUUAAAUGAAGAAAUAAUUAAGUUAAUAAAUUAAACUAAAUGAAAGCGGUGUCUAAAUGUAAUCCAGCCUACUGUUGAUUAUUUUCUGUUAGUUUACAAUUAUAGAAAGUGCAGUAUUGAUGUUGAAUAAUUUAGUAAAUGCAUGAAAGCUGUCUUUAAAUAUGGUUUAAACAUUUCAAGCUUUGUUACACUGAAAUAUACAAUAUUAUUAAUAUAAUUUACACUGUUAGAUAUCACUGCUUUAAUUGAGGGUUUUGCAUUUUUUCUAACUACUGAGGAAUGAAAAACUUUUUGUACUGUGAUUUUUAUAUUCUCAAAUGAUUUGACUAUUGUAUUUUAAUAAUAUUGAAUAUAAAUAAUAAAUAAAUGCUGUCGCAAUCA